UCAUAGCAAGAUGGCUGCUUCCUGAAGGCUUUCUUUCCUAAGUGUUUUCCCCUUGCUGGUGUCAGGAUCCGAGUUAACAGACUGCCUUUCUCCAGCAAUGUUCUGUAUCCGAGGCUGUGGCCGCUGGGUCGCGGCUUCCCUCACCAAACAGCACCUUGCGUCGGUCCGGUUCGGCGGUGACAGCGCGGCGCCCUGGACUCCGCACUUCGACGUAGUGGUCAUCGGCGGAGGACACGCGGGGACCGAAGCCGCUGCCGCCGCAGCUCGGUGCGGCUCCCGGACUCUGCUGCUUACGCACCGAGUGGACACCAUCGGUCAGAUGUCCUGUAAUCCUUCCUUUGGUGGCAUUGGAAAGGGGCAUUUAAUGAGGGAAGUCGAUGCCUUGGAUGGCCUGUGUUCUCGAAUCUGUGACCAGUCUGGUAUACAUUACAAAGUAUUAAACCGGCGCAAGGGACCAGCUGUUUGGGGUCUGAGAGCUCAGAUUGAUAGGAAGCUUUAUAAGCAGAACAUGCAGAAAGAAAUCCUAAAUACACCGCUGCUUACUGUUCAGGAGGGAGCUGUAGAAGAUCUCAUUCUUACAGAACCAGAGCCUGAGCACACUGGGAAAUACCGUGUCAGUGGCGUUGUUUUGGCCGAUGGAAGUAAAGUGUAUGCAGAGAGUGUGGUUCUGACUACUGGGACGUUCCUGAGAGGCAUGAUUGUAAUCGGAUUGGAGAUGCAUCCAGCAGGACGUUUAGGGGAUCAGCCUGCCGUAGGGUUGGCUCAGACUCUGGAGAAGUUGGGGUUUGUGGUGGGAAGAUUGAAGACUGGGACUCCGCCCCGAAUCGCCAAAGAAUCCGUUAAUUUCAGCAUUCUAAACAAGCAGACACCAGAUAAUCCAUCCAUACCUUUCAGCUUUAUCAAUCAGACAGUGUGGAUUAAGCCAGAAGAUCAGCUGCCAUGUUACUUGACUCACACUAACCCUCGAGUGGAUGAGAUUGUCCUUGAGAACCUUCACCUUAACUGUCACGUUAAGGAAACUACAAGAGGACCCCGAUACUGUCCCUCCAUUGAAUCAAAGGUCUUGCGUUUUCCAAACCGUGUACAUCAAGUUUGGUUGGAACCUGAAGGAAUGGAUUCUGACCUCAUCUACCCCCAAGGUUUAUCUGUGACACUGCCAGCUGAAUUACAGGAGAAGAUGAUCACAUGCAUCAGAGGCUUGGAGAACGCUAAAAUGAUUCAGCCAGGCUACGGUGUUCAGUAUGAUUACAUGGACCCCCGGCAGAUCUCUCCUUCUCUCGAGACUCAUUUGGUGCAGCGGCUCUUCUUUGCUGGACAGAUAAAUGGCACUACUGGUUACGAGGAAGCUGCAGCUCAAGGCGUGAUAGCUGGAAUCAAUGCAAGUCUUCGGGUCAGACACAAGCCUCCUUUUGUCAUUAGCCGAACAGAAGGUUACAUAGGAGUCUUGAUUGAUGACCUCACCACACUGGGCACCAACGAACCAUACCGCAUGUUUACCAGCCGAGCCGAGUUCCGUCUGUCACUGCGUCCUGAUAACGCCGACAGCAGGCUCACAUUCCGAGGGUACAAGGAAGCUGGUUGUGUGUCCCAACAACGAUAUGAAAGAGCUUCUUGGAUGAAGUCUUCUUUAGAAGAAGGCAUUUCUAUGCUAAAAUCCAUUGAGUUUUUAAGCACUAAAUGGAAAAACUUAAUUCCAGAGUCUUCUAUAAGUAGUGGUAAAAGUCUGCCUCUCAGAGCUCUUGAUGUUCUGAAGUAUGAGGAAGUUGACAUGGAGUUGUUGGCCAGGGCUGUUCCAGAGCCCUUGAAGAAGUACACCCAAUGUAGAGAGCUGGCCGAAAGACUGAAAAUAGAAGCUACUUAUGAAUCAGUACUGUUCCAUCAGCAACAAGAAAUAAAGGAAGUUCAGAGAGAUGAAGCUCUCCAACUGCCAAAGGACCUAGAUUAUUUGACUCUCAAGGAUAUAUCUUUGUCCUAUGAAGUUCGAGAGAAGCUCCAUUUCAGUCGCCCACAGACGAUUGGGGCUGCCAGUCGUAUACCUGGAGUGACAGCUGCUGCCAUCGUCAACCUGCUCAGAUUUGUGAAGACCACUCAGCAAAGACAGGCAGCUAUGAAUAGAGCUCCCAAAACUGAUCAACAGUUACGGGAUACAGACAGACUUGAAGAGAGUCAGUUAUAGCUUUCUAUUCAUAGAAGAGUUAAUCUGAACAAGAGUGUAGACAGGAGAUAAGAAGUAUUUAUAUUUAGCACCUGUUAAAAUAACUUUAUUAGGUUUUGUGGCUUUGUCAUUAAUUUGUAAAUAGGUUAUAAUUCUGCAUUUUUGUAUAUCUGAAAAAAUAGUUAUAAAGUCUAUUUAUACUCUUUCUUUCAGGUGUUCUAAUACAGUAUACCUACUAAUAUAAGUUUGGGCAGUGUUCAUCAAAGAGAGAUACAGUGGAACUAAAACUGAAUCUGGAAAAAAAAAAAAAUCUCAGCUUGCGGAUUUGCCUACUCAUAAGGACAAAUUUACUGGGAAUUCCCUGGUGGUCCAGUGGUUAGAACUCCGCACUUCUACUGUAGGGGACCCAGGUUGGAACCCUGGUCAGGGAACUAAGAUGUGCGUGGCGUGGCCAAAAAUAAAUAAUAAGAACUUUGUCCGUAAAAGGUACCAAAUUAAAAGUCUUAUCUUUCAACUAGUUUUGAAAGUUGGCAGGCUUCUGCUUAGUUACGUUAUUUCAAAGCCCUCAAAUUCUUAAGGCUAAAAAUUUCAAACUGUACAAAAUCAUCCAGAAUCAUUCAGCUAAUUUCCAGUGCUGGCUGCAGCAUGGCGACUAAAGUUCCCCUAUUGAAAGUCAGAAUUGACAGAAAACUCUGGCGCUGGGACUCUCCAGUACUUGUGAUACAUGGUUACUGGGGUUAGGAGGGGUGACCAGCCGGGUCUUUGGCUAGCUCCUCAGACACCUUGACCUUUCUUCACUGACUAGAGGAUGAAUGUAGCCAAGUGGACAAGAGGACCCUACUUAUCCUUGGAAAUGCCAACUCAGACCUUUCCUGUCAGUCCAGGGAGAAGCUCCCAUAUCAGCCUCAAGCCAAAGCAGGUAUCUCAGACAGUUCUAAGCGCCCUGAAAUCACUAGUGUGAUUUCAGUGGGUGUGGGGCAAAUACCUUCUUACUAUAAUCAUGUAUAGCCUCUUGGAUGUAGCUCGGUUUCCAUGGGUUUCAUCUAAUUUUGUCUUUCCAUAACACGGUCCAGAUCAGUAGCAAGUAAAAAGCAUUGGGUUAGCCAAAAAGUUUGUUCGGAAGAUGUUACAGAACACCCUGAGUGAACUUUUUGGCUAACCCAAUAUGUGUAAUGCUGGAUGUUUUAGUAAUGAUGAGUUCUUUUUGAUACUUGAUGUAGUAAUUUCAGUAAGUGGUAACUUUUAGUUAUUAUGGCCAUUCCUAGGCAGAAUUCUUACCACAGAGGCAUAUUGAGUACACUUCUGCAUGGUGUUUGUUAAAAGAGGGUAUUUUGUACUAGUGUUUAUCACUGGGGGGAACCAUUGAUUGUAAACUUUUCUUUUUCUGGCUAAUUGCAGGGGUAAAAGCAGUGAGUGGGGUGCUUAUUGAAUGGAAUAUAGCAAAAAUUGAUUUUGAGGAAAUAAAUUCCUAAAUGCUUUG